UUUGCCAUAAUAUAUAAAGCCUCAGCUUUGUGUGCAGUUUCAUGAAAAAGUACAUAUCAGUGUCAACGGAAAGAGAAGCAAGCUAUUGUCUUUCUUCUGUUGCCCAUAUUGCUUUAAUAACAAGUUUGAAAAAUUCAUAUUUGUUAAAAACUGCGGUACUGUUGUUUUUGAAUAAGUCAAUAACUUGAUAUUUUUCUACUGUAAAUUUAAAGACGUUAGAUUUUUAUUUUUUUUUUAUUUUUUUUAUUGCUUUUUAUUUAUUUAUUUAUUUUUUUUUUGCUUUUGUUUGAGAAUUUUAACAGCAUUCGUACUAGUGUUAGUUUAGUUUACCAUUGCCGUCAUGGUUCAAUAAACGCAGUUAGUUUAUGUAACCGAAAAGAACAUAAAGACGACUCUUGCAGGUAUCUAACUGCGAGAUAUUUUUAUUUUCUUAAGUUUACAGUUCCAGUAUUUGUGUCUAAAUGAACAUGGUCGGUGUUAUCGUGGAAAUGCAUGCUUGAACACCUCUUAAUCAUUCAUCAACGAUUACGUUUUUUUCCCCUCUUUUUUUUUGGAAGACUAAUCGUUUACAUGUGUUGAAUGACCCCGUUUGGCUGAUGUAAAAUCAAUGGAGAUUGGAGUUUCCAUGUUUCCACUCAAAAGCAUAUGUUCGGUUUACUGUACAAUUAAAAGUGGUGAAUGAUGGUAAACAUGGAUACACAGAGACAUUUCGACAAACAAGGGAGCAGAUUUAAAAGCCUUUUCUUGGGCUUUAUACUUAUGUGCAACUUUCAAGAUAUUAGUGGCCAGGAGAGGGCGCUGCAGAGCAUUAUAGGAUACCGCGGGAUAACCGGCGUGGUCCACAUAGAACCCAAUUUUAGGGUGAACACUUCCUUGGCUGUUCUUACUUUUCCUAACAUACGGGAGGUACACAUUGUGGAGAUCCGGGAAAAUAGGGUGCUUACUGACGUAAUGGAGAGGUGUCAGGACAGGGACCUAGGACGAAGAUACAUCAUUGAGACGUGGCUACUUGUCCCUGGCCAAGAACAUCGAUAUUUUGUCUUGACCUCUGAUGCACGCUCACUUAAUGGUAGAUCAAUUUUGCUGACUAACACCGAAACCGGAGAGAGAGUAUGCGGUACUCUUGAAUCACGUGGAUUACAUAAUACAGCUGAAGCGAAAUUCCUCUCCAGAAUUGGAGGACUCGUGACAUUUAGACAACCAGAAAAUGACAGUGUUGCAGACACGUCUAUUAGAGUCAACCUCUUCAAAACACAAGAAGAAAACCCAACUGCAGAAACUCUUUACUGGUUCCUAGUUCCAAAUCCAGAUCGAGAUCAAUACAAGACGACCCUGGACGCAGAAUGUCGUCUGCCUCUGCCGUUCCCGCCCUCUCUCCCACAGCUGUAUGCGAUGUCUCGCAGAUUCGGUCGUAUGCGAAUUGGCGCCAACAAGAACGAGGCAACUUACACUUUCAUUGAUACCGGGUUUCCACUGUCAGGGCUGAGGACAGUUAUUGGAAAUAUUUUGGUGUUAGCCAAGGGAACAGGCGAAAUCAUCUCAUGUGCAUUUAUAAGAGAAAUUGAGCCAAAACAAGCGACUGCAUCUGUAUUUAAUGACGGCGUUAAAGGAACAGUUAAGUUUUAUCAAAGAUCCCCGUAUGAUAUAACGGUUGUAAGAAUAUUACUGAACAAUCUGCGGGGUCUGGCUGGUGGUUACCACAUUCACAAAUGGCCGGUACCCCAAAAGCUUACCGCAUCGGACAAUGUAUGUGAUGACAAUAGUAUCAGUGGCCAUUUUGACUUUCUAAGAGAAAAACCGAAGUCCCCUCCGCCUCGAACCGGAACUGCUGACCAAUACGAAGUAGGUGACUUAAGUGGUAAGUAUGGACUCCUGACUGAGCAGGACAGUUUCAGUGGGCAAUUUAGAGACGACAAUUUACCUUUAUUUGGAGAGUAUAGUAUUAUAGGACGUUCCUUUACUAUCCACCGAUCUUACGAGAAUGAGCGAUGGGUCUGUGCAACCAUUCAACCGGUAGGUAGAGUUACCAAAGCCGUGGUCAAAUUCAUGGGACCUGUCAUCGGCCGAAUUGUGUUUGCGCAGACUCGGAAUGACUAUUAUUCUGAUACGCACGUGUUUGUGGAAGUAAGUUAUGCCAACGGAAUACAAAAACCAACAUUUAAUCAUAACUGGCAUGUGCAUGAAGAUCCUGUUUGUGAUUUAUUUAAUGAUAGACCUUGUAACUGUUCGGCGGCAGGGGGGCAUUUUAACCCUUUUCGUGUGGACGUUAAAGGAAAUUAUGCAGCUAAGUGUACAUUUUCCAACCCCUUCAGAUGUGAACUUGGAGAUCUAUCCGGCAAAAAGCAAACAAUUAAUGUUAGAAGCAACAAUACUGUUUGGUAUCGGAAUUACUUUACAGACACGAACUUGCCUUUGGGAGGCCCGCUCAGCAUUGUAGGAAAAUCUGUCGUAAUACACGACGAAAACAAAGGCAAGGGGCGUUUGGCAUGUGCAAACAUUUUCGAAGUUCCAGCUCGGGCUUUGUUGGUCGAAAAGUGGUACAGCUCGGAACCAUCUUCUGUAACGGGGCUUUUCGAAUUCGUCGGAAAUGUUCCACAGUAUGAAGAUGCGAUCACGUGGACCUCUUUACGUUUGUCGGGGUUACAAGGUCAAGCUGCAGGGUAUCACAUACACACCGAACCAGCCAAUCCAGUUUCUCCAAAUCCUUGUGAAAAUAACAUUGUUAGUGGGCAUUUAAACCCAUUUUUCAUAAACCAAACCAACAGCCCACCCACAGGAACGGGAACCCACGAUUUGUAUGAAAUAGGUGAUCUAAGUGGCAAAUAUGGAUCUAUUCUGGAGGGCAGGGAUACAAUUCUAGCCUCAGGACCUGAUAAUUUUUUGCCAGUUUCUGGUCCAUUGAGUAUCAGUGGAAGAUCUUUGGUCAUUCAUCGGAGUGAUGGAUCGAGAUGGGUGUGUGGAAACAUCGAGGAAAACACUGAGAUGUCUGGAGGAAGGGCUGUACAAAUGAUUGCUAGGUUUACCAGAGGCCUUUUGAAUGGUUUUAUUUUACUGAAACAGUAUGUUUAUACUGAUAACACGACAAGCGACACUGAAAUACUGAUAGACUUAAAAUUUAGAAACAACGAAAAAUUAAGGGUAAUGGGCCUUAACUGGCACGUGCACGUGCAUAGCAUUGUAGAGGGAGGCACCUGCCAGGAUGCCGGUGCACACUACAAUCCUUAUGUUGUUAAUACCGUGCUCGGGUAUGACGAGUGUUCGUUUACAAAUCCCUAUCGUUGUGAACUGGGAGACACAAGCGGAAAGCACGCUGUAUAUGAAAUAGGUGGAGGUCCAAGAUUUUUCACUGAUGUUAAUUUGCCGCUGAUUGGUCGAUUUGGAGUGGCCAACAGAUCAUUUGUAAUACACGAACCUAACAGGGGACCCGGAAGAAUUGAUUGCGCCAAUAUCGUCCCAAUUCUAUUAUAAUAUAUGUACUUUGGUUUGGAAUAAAACACGUUUUCUUAUUA